UACACAAUAUUCAGACACAAAUGUAUUGAGAAUUGAACUGAUCUGUGUUGCUCGGUUCUUUUCUGGACUCUGAGGAGGAGCACAGAUCAAAUCCUCUUAACCAGGUAAUCUCUGCCACCAUCUGCUGUCAGUCACUCGCCACCGUUAUGCCACUUCCCAGCUAAUUUCUGUCAACCAGCACCAGUGAAGGAAAGAGGGAGAGAGCAAAUCAAUACAUCUUCUGCUGGUGUACAGUAAAAGUGAGUGAGACAUUCUCCUGCCUCUUUCCUUCAGAUCAUGCUGCUGUCUCCUCAGGCAGAGAGGAACUGGGAGGGCCUGUGUUCAAUGCUUGAAGAAGUGUUGGAGGACCAGUCCCACAGGCAGCUGUUCGCCUUAGAGCUGGGCUCUGGAACCGGGCAGCAUGUGAUACGCUUUGCCCAGAAGAUGCCCUUUGUCACCUGGCAGCCAUCGGACAUUAAGGAGGAGUCUCGAGACAGUAUCAAGGCCUACAUUGCUGCGACCCAUGCCAAGACCAUUCUGCAGCCUGUCCACCUAGACGCCAGCGAACCGUGGGAGAAAUGGGCCGGCAUUCCCCGCAGCUCCUGUGACGUUGUUAUAGCCAUUAACCUGCUGCAGUACAGCUCCUUCAAAACAGCACAGGGUGUUUUUAGUGGAGCAGGUCAGAUCCUCAAACUAAAUGGCCUUCUGAUAACUUAUGGGGCAUAUGCUAUUAAUGGCACCAUCACACCAAGUUGUAACGAAAAACUGGAUGAGGAGAUUCGAAAAAUGAAUCCAGAGUGGGGUCUUCCGGAUAUGGAUGUACUGAGACAGCUGGCCUAUGGGAACGGGAUUCGUAUGGAGAGGAUUAUCGAGAUGGAAGAAUACUACAAAUGCCUCAUCUUCAGAAAAAUUUAAGAAAAAGCCAAACUGCACAAAGGAGAUUUAAAAAUAUUCUUAUUUGUAUACUGUAAAGCUUGUAUUGACUUUUAUAAAGGUUGUUAAACCAUU